GGGAUUUUUUUUCCAAUCACGCCCGCUGGUCCCGUAACAGUCUCCGAAUCCAGGCAGAUUUCUGCGAAGCACAGUCGGCGGAUACCCGAUGACCUCAUCAAUCCUGUCUCUUCUCCCUUUCCCAUUUCUUCAAUGAUUCUCCGGCGAAUGCUCCAGCAGCCCGCACGGCUCCUUUCCCGUGCCCUCAGCACCAGCCCCGCCUUGUCUCGCAUCUCGGACAGGUUUAAAAUGCAAUUUGCCCUGCCCGGCCGCACCACCGGCGUGCUCUCCUCCGGCGUCGUCCCCUACGCAAACGACCCGAUGAUUCCGGCAUCCAAGUACUUCAAGCCCAAGGGCCUGGACCGCGAGGCAAUGUUCCCGUUCAUGCUGACCAACCACCAAUAUGUAACCAAGCAGAGCGCCUGCGGCUUCACGCUCUACGCCAGCCCCUGGAACGCCGACGAGCACCCGCGCGACCACAACGGGCUGCGGUUCCGCGACUACCGCGUGGCCUGCAUGGUGACCAAAAAGAACUUCAAGAAGGUGUAUCCGCGCUGGCGCAUUGCGCGGCUGCUGCGGACGGCGGCGAUGAUGGUGCUGCCGGACAAGGGCAUGAAGAGAUGCGAUUAUUUGUUUUUCGCGCACGCGGAUCUGGCGCGGAUGGACAGGGACCAGCUGUUCCUGGAGGUCGACCGGGCCAUGGUGGCGGUGGAGAAGAAGAUCCUAAGGCAGUGGCAGGACUCGGGACGCAGACGCAGGCCGGUGCUCUACCCGGGCGUCGAGCGGAUCAGCCGCCCAAAGGACAAGCAGCACGGCGACAGGAAGCCAAAGAAGGAGAAGAUCCUGAAGGUUGUGGAUGCGGACGAGGACAAGCGGAUCGAAAGCGUUGCGGAUAUUGUCGAGGAAUGGCGUGCAUGAUGCGGGGACAGAUUGGUGUCACCCCGCCCCAUUGCGUAACUGUGUUAGAAAUGUGUUUGUUGGCCUUUGACCGGCCCAGCACGCAAACAAACACAUCUACCGACCAUUUUGUCUGCCCUAUGCAUAUGCCCGGUAUGGU